AUGUCUACGACAACAACUCAGACCAAAACCAAAUGGUCUGUCGAAUUCGAUACCAUUCGACGGCAAAAGCUCUUUCGAAACACGCCCAAAGAUGGGAGUGCUUUCCCUGCUCUUCAAGCUGCCGUCAAGCCUCACGUGGAAUCUUUCAAUGCUCUAUGGGACGAACAAUUGAUUGACGCUGGACUGAAAGACAUUGGCAUCUAUACCGCAACCGAUGGAAAUCUACGAGAUACCAGGAGGAACGUUCCUAGGAACAAGUUAGACUUGAGAGUGACAGAAAUUCUGUUAGACAAGCCAACUUUGCCGUCCUCGAACAAAUUCAGCGUCCAAAACCGAAAUAUUUACCCCUCCGAGUCUCGAGAACGGCAUUCCACCUACCGCGGAAAGCUAAGAGCGAGGCUACAAUACAGAGUCAAUAAUGGCGACUGGAAGGAAUCUAUACGGGAAUUGGGCCAGAUGCCUAUCAUGCUGCGCUCGAGCAAAUGUCAUCUGGAGAAGUUCUCGCCAGCAGAAAUGGUUCGACACAAAGAAGAGUCGGAAGAGUUGGGUGGCUAUUUCAUCGUGAAUGGUAACGAGAAGCUCAUUAGAAUGCUGAUAGUCUCUCGGAGGAACUAUCCCAUGGCAAUCUCUCGAAACGCAUUCACCAACCGAGGACCUACCUUUUCAAAGUUUGGCAUACAGAUACGAUCAGUCCGACCGGAUCAGACCUCGCAAACAAACGUCCUCCAUUACCUCACAGACGGAAAUGUCACCUUCAGGUUCUCGUGGAGGAAAAGCGAGUAUUUGGUACCGGCCAUGAUGAUUCUGAAGGCCCUUGUUGACACAAAUGACAGAGAGAUUGCCGACGGCAUUAUCGGGUCGUCAAGUUCCAACACACCGAGCUCCUUUGUCUCUGACAGAACCGAGCUUCUGCUGCGCACUUACAAAGUGUACAAUCUGAAAACGAGAUCUCAAACACUGGCGUACUUGGGAGAGAAAUUCCGACCCGUGCUCAUGUGUCCGUUGACGAUGUCGGAUGAAAAGGUGGGCGAGGAAUUUCUGAGAAAGAUUGUUCUCCCACAUCUUGGGAACUGCGAUGUGACACCAACACAAAACAACGACAAAUUCCAACUUAUCCUUUUUAUGAUCCGGAAGCUCUACGCACUUGCUGCUGAUGACUGUGCACUCGACAAUCCAGACGCUGUGUCCAACCAAGAGGUUCUCCUCGGUGGCUUUCUCUACGGGAUGAUAUUGAAGGAGAACAUCUACGAGUGGCUGGUUUCAAUUGGAGCAGCGGCGAGAGAUUGGAGCCGAAUGAAAAACCAGGCUCAAUUCUCAGAUCCCAGCUUCGAGACCGACUUCCUUCCAAAGAUAGUCAGGAGGACCAAUGAAAAUUUGGCUGGGAAACUGGAAUAUUUUCUGUCCACCGGUAACCUCGUGAGCCAAACGGGCCUUGACAUGUCACAGACGUCAGGUUAUACCAUCAUGGCAGAGAAGAUCAACUUUUACCGAUUCAUCAGCCACUUCAGGUGUAUACACAGAGGUGCAUUCUUCGCACAGCUGAAGACAACGACGGUACGAAAGCUUUUACCAGAAAGUUGGGGCUUCCUAUGUCCAGUGCAUACACCCGAUGGCUCACCCUGUGGCCUUCUUAACCAUUUGGCGCAUCAAUGUCAGGUACAGAUAAAAAAGAUUGACACAUCGAGUGUGGAAAAGGCGAUCAUUCAACUAGGACUCUCACCUUCACCAACCAUGGCAGUUGAAGACGGUCUGGCGGUUCAGCUUGAUGGUAGAAUAUUAGGAUACUGCCCGACAAAGCGAGCGCGAGAAAUUGCGCAACUUCUCAGACACUGGAAGGUGCAUGGCGAGAACCAGAUACCCAACGAGCUCGAAAUCGGUCUUGUUCCGACCUCGAAUGGCGGCCUUUACCCCGGCUUGUACCUUUUUGCCGACCCCUCAAGGAUGAUCCGGCCCGUCAAGUACAUACCGGCUGACAAGCUCGACUACGUCGGCCCCUUCGAACAACAAUACAUGAAUAUCGCGUGUGUGGAGAAGGAUAUCAUUCCGCAAUUGACGACGCACAUCGAAUACAAGCCAACAAAUAUCCUAUCCAUUCUUGCAAAUAUGACACCAUUCUCAGACUUCAAUCAGUCGCCCAGAAAUAUGUACCAAUGUCAGAUGAGUAAGCAAGCAAUGGGAACUCCUUCUUCCAAUAUGAUGUGCCGGACAGACAACAAGGCAUACCUCUUGCAAACUGGCCAAACGCCAGUCGUUCGACCGCCACUGUACAAUGAAUACGGUUUGGACAAUUUCCCCAACGGUAUGAAUGCCGUGGUAGCCGUUAUUUCUUACACCGGUUAUGAUAUGGACGACGCGAUGAUAAUAAACAAGUCCUCCCACGAACGUGGCUUUGGCGAUGGUGUCAUCUACAAGACCAAAGUUUAUGAACUGAAUGAGAGAUCGAGAAUUAGCCGGUCCAAGACCGACAUCAAGUCCCUUUUUGGUUUUGCUGAAGGUGAUCCAAAUAUCUCCCCAGAGGCGAUCAGUAGCCUGGACCCUGAUGGUCUUCCGGCUGUCGGAACCAAGGUCAGCGAGAACUCGAUAGUCUUGGCCCACCACAGUGUCAUGUUCGAUCCAUCUGAAGGCAAGCUGAAGAACUUGGACGGACGGACUAAUUACUUCAAAUACAAGGACACUGAGGAGGCUUAUAUUGACCAAAUCCGCCUCAUAGGCUCUGAAUCCGGAGACCUACCCUGCCAAGUGAUCAGUAUCAAGUAUCGUAUUCCCAGAAGACCCAUUAUUGGAGACAAAUUCUCCUCCAGGCACGGGCAAAAGGGUGUUUGCUCCAUGCUCUGGCCCAGUCAAGAUAUGCCCUUCAGUGAGUCGGGUAUUCAACCCGAUGUAAUCAUCAAUCCUCACGCUUUCCCUUCUCGGAUGACGAUUGGUAUGUUUGUCGAGUCACUUGCGGGAAAAUCAGGUGCUCUGCAUGGGCUCGCACAAGAUUGUACUCCUUUCUCAUUUGACGAAGAUAACACAGCAGGAGACUUCUUCGGUGACCAACUUCGGCAAGCUGGGUACAAUUUCUACGGCAAUGAGCCAAUGUACAGCGGUAUCACGGGUAAACAGUUUGCCGCGGACAUAUACCUAGGUGUGGUCUACUAUCAACGACUGAGGCACAUGGUCAGCGACAAGUUCCAAGUUCGGACGACUGGCCCCGUGAACGCGUUGCACGGUCAGCCUAUCAAAGGUAGAAGCAAAGGAGGUGGUAUCCGCGUGGGUGAGAUGGAGCGUGAUUCGCUUAUCGCUCACGGUUGCGCCUACCUGCUUCAGGAUCGAUUGAUGGAUUGCAGCGACAAACAACGAGCAUGGGUCUGUCGGUCGUGUGGCAGCUUCCUCAGUACCAUGAUGGUCCCCAACCAGUUCACCAUAGGGAAAAGAGGUGGCCGGGUUGAACCAAGUGGAGUGGUUCGAUGUCGAUCAUGUGCAAGCCCGGCGAGCUUCGAGGACAGCAAGAUGGCCGUCUGGGAAGAUGGCACAGGCCGAAAAUUUGUGGGAGGUGAUGACACGACUGUUGUAAAUGUACCGGGCGUUUUAAGAUAUCUGGAUGUCGAGCUUGCGGCAAUGGGUGUUCGGACCACAUUCCGGAUAGAAGCUUAA